CCCGUGGCUGCAGUUGAAUAGCCUCGAAGCAUCCACGUCGGCGACGCUUACGGCUCAGUUGCCUCCAAAUAUGAUGGAUGCAAAUUUCAGACUUCUGUCAUCGUACUUUGGUUUAUGAAGUUUCUUAGACUCGGUCCUCAAAGCAAAACCAUGCUCGAGACCCUCCAAUUUUCGCUGGUAUCAUACAGCUUCAACGCUGACCCCUCCAGAAUUGAGUGGAGCCACUUCCAACGGCGGCGGCAGGGGCGUCGCGCUUCCCCAACCGCCUUUGGAAGCCCAGUGUCCGCCCCCACCACCACUGUAACGAUUAGGACCAGUGAAUCCAUGUGACGCCACCUCGAAAAGGCGAUCGCGUUGCGGACUUUGAUCACACCCGAUUAUCCACUGAACCCCUUUUGCAUCCCGAGUCUCCAGCCUGCGACCUCCUUCGAAUCCCCAGUCUCGUUUCGAUUCAUAACCACUUUUGCUUUCCGAAAAAGUCUAGCCUCGAACUUUGUUCACCACUUCCAAGCUACACUAGCUUGAACGACAUCAUCCCGCCAAAUCUCCGUUGACCGACUCUUCUCACAUCGAUACCGGCACCAUGAAGUUGCACUACAUCGGAAUCUUUCGCAAUGACAGCAAGCCAGCUCACGAGAUUGUAGCCGAGAAGGAGCUGAGCGCAUAUUCACGCUUCACCCGGUCCAACUAUGCCGAGUUUAUGACAUUUACUUCCAAGACCGUCGCCGAGCGGACCAAGCCGGGACAACGCCAGGAUGUAGAGGAGAAUGAGUAUACCUUUCACGCAUACGGACGGACCGAAGGGAUCUGCGGCAUCAUCAUCUCAGACCACGCCUACCCGGCCCUCGUUGCGCAUCAGCUACUUUUCAAAGUGGUCGACGAGUUCCUGGCCAAGCACCCGCGCUCCGCCUGGGCGACCGGCAGCCCGAGUCUACCCUUCCCCGAGCUCAAGGAGUACAUCACUACGUAUCAAGACCCGCACGCUGCCGACAGCAUUCUCAAGAUCCAAAAGGAGCUCGACGAGACCAAGAUCGUGUUGCACAAGACCAUCGAGUCGGUGCUACAGCGUGGAGAGAAGAUUGACGACCUUGUUGCCAAGAGUGACGGGUUGAGUGCUCAGAGCAAAAUGUUUUACACGCAAGCAAAGAAGCAGAAUUCGUGCUGCAUUGUCAUGUGAACGGUUAUGGGUACCAGCAAUUGUUUAGCUUAAUGAGAGACGUGCGUCGGCACGUAGUCGGACAUGUCCUUGCAUUCUUUUCGCAGCGUUUUCGUCUCAAGGUGGCUCAAUCGUGUGUUUUUUUUUUGUUUUUUUUUCUGCCCUGGAUCUACGUUGUAGGACAAUCUAUCCCUUAAUCGUUGCGUGCAAAACCCUACCGUAGAAGCUGUGCACAAAUAUCAUCAGCGAUUGGUCUGAUGCAUCGACGAAUAUCCUUUGUCUGUAUGCUAGUCAGCAAUGACAUUGCACAAUA